CUUUCUCUUGGCACAUCAAACCCAUUAAGCUGAUUCUCCCAACUUGGGGGAAUGGGACUGCAAUCAUGCAGCGUCACGCAGAAGCUGAGGAAAGGCUUUUGGUCUCCUGAGGAAGAUGAGAAGCUCUGCAAUCACAUCACUAGAAGUGGAGUAGGCUGUUGGAGCAAUGUGCCUAAGCUUGCAGGACUACAACGAUGUGGAAAGAGUUGCAGACUGAGGUGGAUCAACUACUUGAGGCCAGACCUCAAGAGGGGAAGCUUUUCCCAGGAAGAAGAAGGUUUGAUCAUUGCACUGCAUCAAGUUCUGGGCAACAGGUGGUCACAAAUUGCGUCCCGAUUGCCGGGAAGAACAGACAAUGAGAUCAAGAACUUGUGGCAUUCGCGCAUCAAGAAGAAGCUUCGGCAAAUGGGGAUCGAUCCGAUCACCCAUAGGCCACUGAGUGAGGCAGCAGCGGUGCAAGAACAGGAGAUCUGCUCGAGCAAUCCAGUCCUUGCCACCUCCUUUGAACACUUCCCAUGGAUUCAAACCCAGGAAUGCCUCGACCGGUCACUCGAUCAGAAUGACUUGCUAGCCAAUGCUGGACUAGCCGAAUGCAGCAGUGUGUUGGAUGUGCCAGAGACAUAUGGCCAUGGAGAGAGCUCGAGCAACAGCAGCAACUGCGACUGCCAUGUGCUACGAGAAGAAGUCCUGAGUUGGACUUGUGAAGGUGGGUGGGAACCAGCGACUCACAUGCAGAUCAAUGGAGUGGAGACUUGUGAGGGUGAGUCGAGCGCAUGGCAAGAGAAGAAGCAGCAUCAUGUGGCAAGCACAGAUGAUGGCGGCAGCCUUCCAAUGAGAUCGCUGGACCGCGAUUUCACGAACGAUGACUGCGGUGUCACUCAUGAGGCUUUGAAGAGUAUACUCAACGCGGAUCUCUUUCGGAGUUUGGAAUGAUCUGACGAAGAGUUUGCAGGGACGUCAUGAGUUGCUCACGCCACCCUGUUGGUCUACAGUGCGUUGCAAUUUCCACUUGUUGGAUCUUUGUCCUUCUACAGAAACUAGUUAUGCUGGAUAAGAUGUGAUGCUUUGUAGUUUCUGAUGUCUUUGUAGGCUGUGGUUAUCUUUGUCAUCAUCAUUGUUAGUAGGUGUUACUGAACUCCUUUUUGCUCUAUUGCUCCCAAAUGCAACACAAUCUGCCUCUGUCUGCAGUAGCUGUUUUCACCUUUGAUGUAGUGAUCCAACAGAGAUAUAAGAGA